CUACAAGAGGCUUGAUGCUCUUGCAAAAUCGAAGAGAAGACUUGGUGGACAUGUAGUUUAUUCAGCCGAGGUGCCAACCUGUGAUUUUAAAACGACACUACAACUACCACAAUGCCCCACUCUAACCCUUUGGACAUUAUGGCUGCGCACUGUUCAUCAAUGGUGUUUUUAUCUACGUUUUUUCGUAUUUUCUAUUAUUUAAAACAGAGGAAUGUAGACAGAGUUUGGUUUCGAGUAUAACUUUCCAAAAAAGCAUCAGGAUAUUUCUGGAGUUAAAGCUCUAUUUGCGUCAGGAACGCUGAAACACGUUUUGCUUGUUGGCUAACGAGUCAGAUAGCCAGGUAGGACAGCUGUCUGUCGCCGGUCCGAAUUUAGCUGUUGUAAACUCAGUUCACACUAAAUUAACUCGUGUUGUAAAGGCAAUGAUUGUAUUGCUUGUUCGUUAACCACUACAAUAAUUGCUAUAACUCGAGCACAAUACGGGAACACACUAUUUUUCUAUUCAUAGCUAUGUUUACCCCUGUAAAGUCGUCUUAUUUCAGAGUCAGUCCCACUACUAUAAACAGAGAGCUAGGCAAGACCAAGAUGAGAUAGCAAGAGGAGUUAUUAGUUAGCUAGCUACGCGAUCGUGAACACAAUUAGACAUACAAUUCGGUCCCCGGAAGGUGCGUUUCACAGGACAGAGAAAGAGAAACACAGACGCAUGCCCAGCCAUGUUUGGGAGUCUUUUCGAGGAAGAGGGGGAGGGAUAUUCUCUGGCUCCCUCCGGAGGUAAAGUUGUAAAGGGGGAAGGGGAGCCACCUCCACCCCGGGGAAGAGUGAAUCUCAGCGGGAUUAAAAACCAGGGAGGGACGUGCUACCUCAACUCCCUGCUCCAGACCCUGCUCUUCACCCCGGAGUUCAGAGAGGAGCUGUUCAGUCUGGGUCCAAAGGAAUUGGGCUGCCUGGAGGACAAAGACAAACCAGAGGCCAAGGUCAGGGUUAUUCCAUUGGAGCUGCAGAGGCUGUUUGUUCGUCUACUCUUGGUGGACCAACAGAGUGCCUCUACUGCUGAUCUCACUGACAGCUUUGGAUGGAACAACAGCGAGGAGAGCAGGCAACAUGAUGUGCAGGAGUUGAACAGGAUUCUGUUCAGUGCCCUAGAGCACUCCCUGGUGGACACCAGCGGUAGUGGGUUCAUCCAGCACCUCUACCAUGGCACCACUGUCAACAGCAUCCUCUGCAAAGAGUGUGGCAACAUCAGCCAGAGACAGGAGGACUUCCUGGACCUGACAGUGUGUGUACGUGGCGUGUGUGGCCUGGAGGGGGCGCUCUGGGACAUGUUUGUGGAAGAGGAGAUGUUUGAAGGCAGUAACCUCUACCGCUGUGGCCAGUGUGACCAACUAGUCACUGCUGCUAAGUCUGCCAAGCUGAGGAAGCUCCCUCCCUUCCUGACAGUGUCUCUGUUGAGGUUUAACUUUGAUUUUGCCAGGUGCGAGCGUUACAAGGAGACUGGUCGCUACACCUUCCCUCUCACCAUCAACCUCAGGCCCUUCUGUGAACAGACUGAAGACGAGGACUCGGAGUACUCCUAUGAACUCUUCUCUGUCAUCAUCCAUAAGGGAGGCUGCUAUGGCGGCCAUUACCACGUCUACAUCAAAGACAUGGACCACCUCGGCUUGUGGGAACCGCCGGAGGAGGAUUCCAAACCCAAGGUUCAGAAGAAGAAGGAAGUGAGAGUGUAUCCUGAGCCGGAGAAAGACGACCCUCUAUCUGUACUCUCCUCCAUAAUAGCCCAGGAGGAGAGCAGGAGCGUGCUGCUGGACCAGCUGGGCCAGAGACUGAUGGACAAGAUCGGUUCUUCCUGGAGCAAGAAGUACAGGAAAUUCCACGGCCCCAUAGGCAAGUUCCUCCAGAACCACAGUGAUGUGUUUGUGUUGGUCAAUAACGGCACUCGGGUGGCCCUGAAAGCCAACCCCCCUAGCCCGGUGACCCAGCCCUCCAGCCCAGCCCACCCAACCCCUGGCCCUAGCUCUACCCCAGACCCAGUCCACAACAACACAGCCAACCCCCAACCAGAACCAGGACUGGAGACGGCACCAGAACCACAGGGCAGCCACUGGUUUGAUCUGAAUGACUCCACAGUGACGUCGAUCCAUGAGAGAGACGUAGAGAAAAUGUACCAGGGAAAGGAGAGUGCCUACAUGCUGUUCUAUAGGAAGACACUGCUACACAGGCCUUCUGGAGCCCUGAGGAAUCCUGGGUAUAAGGUUCCCCCUCACCUCUUGGAGAUGGCUGAAGAGGAGAACAGAAGACUACAACAGAGACGGGAGGAGUUUGAGGCCAGCAAUAACAGUGUUGAGCUGCGUCUCCACCUAGCGCCGCGCUAUAGGUUGGAGAACGGAGCUCUUAAGCCAAUCAGCAUAGAGCAGAAAGAGGCCACCAACCUCACCUUCGACCGCCGCAGGACCGUAGGAGACCUGCGAAUGAUCAUCUACCAGAAGCAGGAUCUCUGGGAGGGGGAUAUGGCUCUGACUGUGGCCAGAAGUCUGCCAGCCGGCCUUCACCUCUACAACACUCUCACAGAUGACGAGGUGUCUCUUUACAGUGCAGGCAUCUUGACCGGCACUGAUCUGUUUGUGUGGAAUGGCAGAGAGGUUUGUGGGGCGACUGUCCAAACAGGAGCCGAGUGGGAACCAGUGCUGCUGACAGUGGUUCGCCCCUCUCUGGGAGAAGAAGAAGAGGGGGAGGGAGGAGGAGUGGGAGAGGAAGGAGGCUCGGGGCUGACGAAGGAGUCGAGGGGUUUCGCAGGGAGGGUGACUCUAGGAGAGGUGAGGGAGGCAUUAGGGGAGCCACAGGAGAGCCUCCUGUGUCAGGAGAAGAGGGGAGGAGAGGGAGGAGGGGAGGGAGGUGGGGCCAGCGGGUGGAGGGUAUUCCCUCCUGGAGACAUGCAGAGGACCCUGAAGGAGCUGGCCUUGAAGGAUGGAGACGCACUGCUGGUGCUGGAGCCACAGACACAGGACAGCAGGUGGAACCGUAGGGAAACUCUGCCCCAGACCAUAGUCGGGUGUUAUUGUCACGAUAGUCCCUGGGUUCUAAUAAAUUAUUGCUUAAGCGAAAUCAAGAAGUGGGAUACAUUUUCCGCUCUCUUUUUCACUCACUGCCACAAUCUCUCUCUCUCGUUUCUUCCCCAGGAGGCGUCUCUCUCAGAGCUGAAGAUGAGUCAUGGAGACGCUCUGGUGAUUACUGAGGGACGACUUCCUCCCAAGGGUUUUCUGAAGCUGUCAGUCUGGCUGUAUGUGGAGCCAAGAGCCUAUCCUGUGGUCUCUAUGGAAACAGAGGUCAGCGGCACAGCCGAGGGGUCCACGGAGGGUCAGAGGUUGGAGGUCAUGACUGCAGGUAAGACACACACACAGUAUGAAAGUAGGUAUGAAGGUAUGAAACUAUGUCCACUGGUUAAAAUGUGUGUGCUGACUCUGCCGGCGCUGCAGUAUGUGUGUGUGCCCACUCCUGCGUUUCUGCGUGUGUGGCAGCUGGAGGGACAGAGACUGACACGUAUCCUCAGAGGACAACAACACACACUCAGGAAGUUGAAGUUGUGCAGUGGGGUGGAGUUUUGUGUGCAGCAGCUACUGAGAGAAGAGGAUCUUGGUCCUAAGGAGGUGUUGCUGCGUGUCCAGAUGGGGGUGCCAGGGGAGAGGGGUUACUACCCUCCAGAGGACCUGGUCUGGGAUGCUUCUCGAGACCCUUCCCCCAGAUCGCUACGCUCUGCCCUGGCCUCAACAUACGGCCUCUCUCCUGACUCCCUGCUACUGGCCAAGCACCAGCCACACACACACACCUGGGAGACUUUCUCCAACUGGAGCCAGCAGGUGUCCAAACGGAAGAAGAAGAAAAAGGCGGAGUCUCUGCUUGGAGCGCCUUUCCACCUUACAGACGGUGACAUCGUCGGUGUCAAGAACCUGUUGAUUGACAAUAACCGGGACUUUAGCACCCAACAGGAUGAGCAGAGGUUGAGGGAAGAGAAGGAGCAACGCAGGAAAGGAGGGCAGGGUGCGGGGGCUGAAGUUGAGACCAACCAAGGGGUGGGACCAGAGAAGAAGAUGGGGCCAAUCAAGGCCAGGAAGCCAGAGGUGGCCCUGUCAAUCAACGUGGGGGUGUUCAGAUAGCCUCGCCUUACACACACACACACACAAACAAACACA